CUCUAAACGGGCUUGGUAAAUAGUGGCUCCUUCAUACUGACUGGCACCCGCGGACGAUUACUAAAAUACGACAAACCCUCCGUAACGGAUUCCUUGCUGGAGACAGUGCAUAAAGGCAACUAGAGUCGUGAAGAAGCCUCUCUGAAUCAUGGGGAACAUUUUUGGGAAUCUGUUGAAGAGCCUCAUAGGAAAGAAGGAGAUGAGGAUCCUGAUGGUGGGCCUUGACGCGGCAGGAAAAACUACAAUCCUCUACAAACUGAAACUGGGGGAAAUAGUCACCACAAUCCCAACCAUCGGCUUUAAUGUGGAGACAGUGGAGUACAAGAACAUCAGCUUCACUGUGUGGGAUGUUGGUGGGCAGGACAAGAUCCGCCCCCUCUGGAGACACUACUUUCAAAACACACAGGGUUUAAUCUUUGUGGUGGACAGCAACGACAGAGAGCGUGUCAAUGAGGCACGAGAGGAGCUGAUGAGGAUGCUGGCUGAGGAUGAGCUGAGAGAUGCAGUGCUCCUCGUGUUUGCCAAUAAACAGGACUUGCCAAACGCCAUGAACGCCGCCGAGAUCACAGAUAAGUUGGGUUUACACUCCCUGCGCCACCGUAACUGGUACAUCCAGGCCACCUGCGCCACCAGCGGCGACGGCCUCUACGAGGGCCUCGAUUGGCUGGCCAAUCAGCUCAAGAACAAAAAGUAGGAGGAUGGGAAGCAUCCGGCAGCUACAACCGUAUUACUUUUUCUUUGUUUCAUUUGGGACUGAGGGGCGCAGGAUAGAAGAAUUUGAGGGAGAUUUUAGGCUUUCAUUUUCAGCCUGUCAUUUUCUGAGCCCAUUUUUAACCACACAUAGACACACAAACCAUAAAGAAUCACUCUGGCACGUGCUUUUCUUGUGUCCACCUCUUGUGUUUAGGUGCAGUGUACUGUAUGUUUGUUGCGUCACGUGAUGCCACCACAGCGGCGAGAUUGACUCUUGUGUGUUUUCUCACUGAGGCACAUGCUCAGUCAUAUUGUUUCACGGUUUCCCCCCCCAAGUUAACGAAGCGAUCUUUGACAACAACAACCACUAUGGAGAGCUGUUUGAGCAUUUUAUUCGAUAUCCUUGUUAUCUAGCUUAAGGUCCAUGUACUAGUACGCGCUUUGUCUUCACUCCUGUAUGCCAAUUUACAUACGGCUCUUCUUCUCUCCCUCUUAUGGGGAAUCUGACCACAACUUGAGACCACCAACCGGUUGGCUGGCAACCAGUUCGGGCGUGUACCUCGCCUCUCGCCCGAGGAUAGCUGGGAUGGGCUCCAACACGCUCGCAACGCUGGUGGGGAUAAGCGGAACGACAGAGAAAUGAAUGGGGAAAAAAAGUUCGGUCGAAAGAAACAAAGGAGGCGCUGCAGUUGUGUUUCAUUAUCACCGACAGUUGUUUAUUUAUUUAUUAUUAUUAUUUUUUUUUCUUUUUAAAUAUUAUCUACUAUGAUUGUUUUAUUUAUUUAUUUAUUUAUUUUACUGCUGUAAUGCCUGAGUUUCCCCUCUGGGGAUCAAUAAAGGCUCUUUACUAGAAGGACAACUUUGGCAUGCUAGUAGGACAAAUACAUCUUAUGAGUGAGGCAAAAUUGUACUAGCUGACAACUGCGUGUUACUAGCACUACUGGUGACAUUAUAAAAUUCUACUAGUUAAUAUCUUGGGCAUAUCUUGUACUAUAAGUGCACAGUUUUGCCUCACUAGUGACAUUUAGUUGUUCUACGAGAAUGCCAAAGUUGUCCUACUAGUGUGCAGCAAUGUCAUACAGCAGUGGAAAAAGCAUGACUCGUAAGACAUAGUCGCUCUGCAUUCUUCGAGGGCACUGAAUUGUCUUACUAGUGAGGACAAAGUGCAGACUAGUGCAUGGAUCUUAAGAUGGAUAUCAAGGAUAUCGAAUAAAAUGUUCAAUCAGGUUUCCACAUACAACCACAGGCGGCUAAUAUAUCAACACUACAUUCUGAGUUGUGUGUAUUCACUCUGGUACAAGAGGAACAAAUUCUCAUCACACAAAGCCUUUUUUGGCGGUUCAAAAACACUUGUAUCAAAAUGAGUUGUCAUUCUUGUUAUUGUUCGUCUGAUUGGUGGGAAGGUUGUGUCAUUGCAACCUCAUAACUGUGUUUAUUAAAUGUGAAUAUUAUGUGCGGCUGUAGAAAAGGCUGUUAAGUAUAUUUAUUUUACACAAAGUCAUUUAUUUAGGUGAUGUGUCAGUAUAGGAACGAAAGCAGGGUAAAGCAGAUCAAAAUGUGGGCACAAGCAAACGACGGAUACCAGCAGGUUUCUGUCUAGUAAUCUAAAAAGAAUUUGUCUGUGCCGUACAUGACAACUAUUCUACUGUAAGUGUAUCUGUACAUCUAUUAUAUGUUCAAUCAUGAGUUUGAUCAUUUGGGUUUUGUGGCCUUAUAUUUAGUGACGGUUGAAAUUGAUUUGAUCUUUUGCUUCUGAAUAUUUAUAAGGAAUAUUGUAUUGAUUACUUUUCUCUAUUACACUGUCAAAACACAGAUUUGUGCACUGUAGUGUGAGAUGAUUAGGCAAAGGUUUGUCCUGCUGUAGCUUCUGUUUUGCCCAUAUACUUGAUCCAUAUUUAGUGGUAGGUCUUCCUUUGUAUAGGUGAUGGGAUGGGGCUGGGUGUAUUUAAACUUAACAUGUGACCAUGUCAGUAAAGCGAAUGAGAAAAGAGAAGGUAUUCAUUCUGUACCGUUCUAGUUACACACGUAGACGACAAUGUUUCAGUGCUGAAUGCAUGGAGACAGACCUCUGUAUGUGAUGAUCACUUCUGCUGUAUCACAAAUAAACCCAUUUUCUGUAGG